AUGGCCACUACAACAUAUUCUACAUUUAACGAGAAUACGGAAGGCCGCGAAGUCGCAGAGGCAUUUUCUUCCAACAUUCGUGGCAAGUCCAUUCUCAUCACUGGCGUUAACAUUGCUGGAAUUGGGUUCUCUACCGCCCAAGCUCUUUCUCCCUCGUACUUGAUUGUUGCCGGUCGCACCCCUUCCAAAGUUCAGGAAUGCAUCGAUGCUCUCAAGGCUGAGUUCCCUGACGUGAAAUACCGGGCUUUGCAGAUGGACCUUUCCAGCCAGGAGUCCGUCCGCAAAGCCGCUGCUGAGGUUCUCGCAUGGGAGGAUGUCUCCACGAUCGAUAUUGUUAUCAACAGCGCUGGUGUCAUGGGCGUACAAGAGCGGACCCUGACCGAAGAUGGAGUCGAGAUGCAUUUCGCAACAAAUCAUAUUGGACACUGGCUCUUUACAUGUUUGAUCAUGCCGAAGAUCAUCGAGGCCUCCAAGCAUAGUGCGAAGGGUGCCACGCGAGUGGUGAAUGUGAGCUCUGGAUCACCCCAGGUGUCAAACAUUCGUUGGAGCGACAUGAACUUCGACAAGCAGAACAAUGAGCUUCCAGAGGAAGAGCAACCCAGGGAAGACAUCAUGAAGGCUUGGGGAUAUACGGACAUCGGAGAGAAGUCGUAUAUCCCGUUGGAUGGCUACAAUCGGAGUAAGGUGGCAAACGUGCUCUUUGGUAUUGGUGCAAACAAGCGUUUAUAUGAGAAGUACGGAAUCGUAUCUCUUGCAGUUCACCCAGGCAUCAUCUCCACCGAACUUGCAAGGAACUUUCCCCCUGAGACAUUCCAAGCUAUUAAGGAUAUGUUUGAAAGUGGGGCCUGGUCUUAUAAGACAUUGGGCGCAGGAGCCUCGACUAGUCUUGUUGCGGCAUUGGACCCAAAGCUGGGAUAUAGCGUCGGGGAGACUAAGGAUGGUAGCGAGAAUUGGGGGGCCUUUCUAGAUAAUUGCCAUAUUAGUGGCAAAGCUGCACUUCUUGCAGUUUCGAGUGAAGAGGCAGAAAAGCUAUGGGAAGUUUCCGAGAAGUUGGUUGGGCAGAGCUUUUCUUGGUGA